AUGGAAAAGCCACCUGCACCAACUCUUCUGGAGUCCGCUCCUGUUGUUUCCAAUGUUGUAGAUCUACCACCACCGCACGUCUCAUGGCUCGAGGCGAAGAUCAAGCCGAAGACUGUCCAUGCUCGCUACCCCUUCAGGGGUAAGCCUUUGCUAUGGAUGACUUGCGCAUUCGGUUCUCUUGGAGACGCCCUGUUUGGCUACGACCAAGGUAUCGUGGCCGGCCUCUUGGUCAACCCCGUGUUCCUCAAGAGAUUCUUCGCAGACUACGGAGGCGCCCAUGGCUCAAGCGACGAUAUCAACCCCUCAAUCACAGGUAUCCUCGUCGCAUGUCUGCAAGUCUCCGCCGCCAUCGGUUCUCUCAUGGCAGGAAAUAUUGGUGAUAUGAUUGGUAGAAAGCGAUGUGUUCGACUGGGAGGUUUCAUCUACUUCGCGUCCGCCUUCAUCCAAGCCUUCGCACCUGACUUUACAACAUUCAUCGCCGGACGGACGAUCCAAGGAUUCGGCGUCGGGUUUCUGUCAAUGACCGUCCCCGUCAUCCAAACCGAAAUUGCCGCACCGCAUCGCCGUGGUCUCAUGGUCGGCGUCGAAUACACAUUCCUCAUCGGAGGUUACGCGCUCUCGACGUGGGUCGACUACGGCUUCUACCACGUGCCCAAGAGCGAGUCAUGGCAAGGUCCCUAUUUCAUCCAGAUGGGUCUUGCGUUCAUUCUCUUUGCCAUGUCCUUCAUUCUCCCAGAAACGCCUCGCUGGUUGGCGAGAAACGGCUUCACCCAGGAAUGCAUACAGACUGUUGCCGAUUUGCAUACGCCGGAUGGUAACACGCAGGCUGAACAUGUUCAGCAAGUCAUGCUCGAGAUCAGCGAAGCAGUUCGAUACGAGGCGACUCUCGGACAGUCAUCGUGGAGGGAGAUGUUUACGCGUUAUAGAAAGCGGACCAUCGUCGGCAUUACUGCGCAGAUGUUUGCUCAGCUGAACGGAAUCAACGUCAUCUCGUUCUACCUGCCCACGACCCUGGCCAAGGCUGGCAUGAGUCAGUCCAAGUCGCUGCUUUACACUGCUGCGAACUCGAUCCCCUACGUAGCUGCGACUACUUUGUCUUGGUGGCUGGCCGAUAGAUGGGGACGCCGCCCGCUGCUGAUCCUUGGUGGUAUUCUCAUGGCUAUCGCUCUCAGUAUUGUCUGCGCUUUCACCGAGGCACACAUACCUGACAUCAACGUUCGUGCGAAUGGCAUCUAUGCCUUUGUCGUCAUCUACAAUGCCAUUUAUGGCUUCACCUGGGGUCCUAUGCCCUGGCUGCUUCCCGCUGAAAUCUUUCCCCUACGCGCUCGUAGUAAGGGCAUGGCGCUCGCCACCUGCUCGAACUGGGUGUUCAACUUCGCUAUCGGCAUGUCGGCCCCUGACGCAUUCGCGGGCAUUGGAGGCUAUUACUAUGUCAUCAUUGCAGGAUUCUGUCUGAUAUCAGUGGCUUUGGCCAAGUUCUACUACGUCGAGACGGCGAAUCACACGCUCGAAGAGAUUGCAAUCGCCUUCGGUGAUAAGGCUUUUGUGGAUGACGACGAGACGGUCGUUGGCGCGGCCCACUUGGGACAAGGAGAAACGGAGGCUUCUACGACCAAAGUUUGA